CGUGGUCCUUUAUUGUAAUGUACACACCCACGAAAGCAUGGCGUACAAUGAAGAGAGAGGUAGAGGAGAUGAGGAGGCAUUCUUCAGUAAAGAUAUUCCAUCAAAAGGAAGUUUAAAAUCAACUGUCAGCCGUUCAUACAGAUCACGUGAUAAAGGUAGCUAUGGUGACAGUCACCAAGAUGAUAUUGACACAUACAGACGAGAAAUGAAGAGACAAGCCCCUCCCACUACAGACGAAGGCAGGCAGACUGAGCGUCGUCACGGUGACCGGAGGAGAGACAACGAAGGUAGACACCACGGUCGAUCGGUCGAACACAAAUCAAAGAGAAAGAGCCGGAAAGAAACAACCAACCCAAAGAGAGAGAGAAGGACUAGAUCCCGGUCACCUAUUUACUCGACCCAAUCUCGUAGCCACUCGGAUAGAAGAGAACCACGCUCACAAUACAGCCACUCGGACAGUCAAUCAAAGAGCCAUUCAGGGGCGUGGUCUAGUUCACACAGACACACCCACUCACACAAAAGCGAGUAUGACAGAGGAGAAGGAGGGUCUGGCGGCAGACGUGAUGUCUAUCGUCUUGUUAGAGACUUAGAGAGUUCCUCUAGUGGUAGCGAUUCAGAUGAGGGUGUGGUCAGUAAAGAAGCCACUCCUACUCGUUUAAAAGAUGGGACGGAGGAAUCAAAGAAAGAGUCACCAAAGAAAACAUGGAAGGACAUAAUGUACUCUGAUUCUGAAGAGGAGGAGGAGGGGGAGAGUCCUCUACGUAAGAGUGCCUCACCUCGGGAAAGUGACCAAUCAGAUUCAAGACAAGGUGAAGAUGAUGUAAAGGAUGUUUCGGCUACCCCACCACUUGCUGAGUCGGUGAAAAAAGAGGACGAACCAGCUCAACCCACGGCUGAGUCUGCAGUUGAGAUUAAAGUGUCUAGUGCUACCCCACCAGGAGGGCCUGUCUCUCCUUCUCCUCCUCCUUCCCCUCAUGAAGAAGUACUGUAUCUACCAGCACUGAUGGGAUGUCGUAGUGUGGAGUGUUAUGAAUGGUUGAAUAGGAUUGAGGAGGGGACUUAUGGUGUAGUGUUUAGAGCUAGGGACAUCAGAACAGAUGAGAUAGUUGCUCUGAAGAAGUUAAAGAUGGAGAAAGAGAGAGAAGGGUUUCCCAUUACAUCACUAAGAGAGAUCAGUACUUUAUUAAAAGCUAACCAUGAGAACAUUGUUAAUGUCAGAGAGAUUGUUGUUGGUAGUAAUAUGGAUAAGAUAUUUAUUGUGAUGGAUUAUGUUGAGCAUGAUCUUAAGUCACUGAUGGAGACAAUGAAACAACCUUUCCUUGAAGGAGAAGUAAAGACACUGCUGAUUCAGUUACUAAAGGCAGUUCAUCAUCUUCAUGAUAACUGGAUAAUACACAGGGACCUUAAGACAUCAAACUUACUACUGAGUCAUAAAGGAAUCCUAAAAGUUGCUGAUUUUGGUUUGGCUAGGGAGUAUGGCUCACCACUAAAGAACUACACACCCAUUGUUGUGACACUGUGGUACAGAGCACCCGAGCUGUUACUGGGAGCCAAAGAAUAUUCAACUGCUAUUGAUGUUUGGUCUGUUGGUUGCAUAUUUGCUGAAUUAUUGCAGCAUAAACCACUCUUUAUGGGGAAAUCAGAAAUUGAUGAACUUAAUCUUAUUUUUAAAGAAUUAGGUGUACCCAAUGAAUCAAUAUGGCCUGGAUUUGGUGAACUACCUGUAGCCAAAAAAGUUCAGUUCACUCAGCAACCAUUGAAUAAUCUAAGGAAGCGUUUUCCUAUGAUAACAAAGAAUGGGUUUGUGCUUUUAAACAAGUUCUUUGCGUACGAUCCAAAGAGAAGAGUUACUGCUGAAGAUGCACUAAAACACGAAUAUUUUGAAGAGUCUCCCCUACCAGUUGAUCCCAGUAUGUUCCCAACGUGGCCUGCUAAGAGUGAAAUGACUAAGAAAUCGGUGAGACCAAAGAGUCCAACAGCACCUGAAGGAGGAGCAUUCUUCUUCAAUCAAAAGGGUAAAGAUGGUGAAGAUGAGAAGUUUCAGUUACCAGAUUCACAACCAGGGAAAGCUGGAUUUACUUUAAAGUUCUAAACCCAGGGCCCCCUUCCACCUCUCUCCUCCAAGCACACAAUAACUAUCACUGCUAUCAACUUCUUAAUUGUUAUAUUAAAAUAAUUUUCUGAAUGCAUUUUAUUUAAUUUUGUGUACUUUUUGCAGCUGGAAGGAUUAAUCUCCAUAGAGAAUCCAUGACUUUAUUGACUAAUGCAAA